AUGAUUUCGGGUACAGUGUUGGUUCUGUUGGUGCUCGCAGUAGUGGUACUUCUGGGGCUGUAUCUCCGCCGUGUUUUACAAUCCCGGCGUGUCUAUUGGAUUCGCCGAAGAAUCCCAUUCAUCGCUUGGCCGCAUUUGCUGUUCGGAAACGUCCGUGGUCUCUGGAGCGACGAGCAUACGUCAACGGUUGGACAAAAGCUGUACAACGAUCUGAAGGGUCGCCGACUGGCAGCUGGUGGGUUUAAUUUGUUGGCUUUACCAGCGAUUUUAGUAGUGGAUCCGGAUUUGGCCGAGGAGGUUUUGGUGAAGAAUGCCGGCCGGUUUCCGAGUAGGGGACUGCACGUUGAUACUGAAGUGGAUCCACUCAGUGGAACAUUGUUCGCGCUGAGUGGGAAAAGAUGGCAAGACAAGCGAGACCUAUUGGCGCCGAUGUACGGUGAUGGCACGAUAAGACAAAUGUUCGGAACAAUUGCAAGCGUUGCCGAUGAGUUACGUUUGGAAAUACGAAAAAGUCUUGGUAGCAAGGAGGAAGACGUUCAGGAAUGGACGUCUCGGUAUGUCUCGGAUGUUAUGGGAACAAACGUGUUUGGGAUACGUAGCCGAACCAUCCAGGAGCCUAAUACAGAGUUCCGGAUAAACGGAAUGCUGGCAACCGAGUUCAGCUGGAAAACAUUAUUCAGACAUUGGAUUGGUUUUACAAUGCCUAAGUUUGCUAAGAGAAUAGGUCUUCGGAUUACGCAUGCAACAGUGGAAAAGUUCUAUGCUGGUUUGUGUCGAGCCACAACACUGCAUCGGGAGAGCUACGGCAUUCAGAAAAAUGAUCUACUUCAGUUGUUCGUGCGGUUUUACGUGGACCGGCAGCUAACAUUGGAGGAUUUGACUAUCGAAUGUUAUAGCUUUGUCAAAUACGGAACGGAGCAGUGCACAUCUUUGAUGACUUUUUGUUUGUAUGAGCUGUCCAGGAAUGUUGUUAUUCAGAAGCGUUUGCGUGAGGAGAUCAGCCAUUCACUUGAGGAUACGGACGGUCAAUUGACGUACGGAGUCAUUAAGUCUAUGUCUUAUCUGGACCAAGUGAUAAGCGAAACCUUGCGGAAAUACCCACCAGUGGAUUUUAUCUAUCGGCGUUCCAAUGUUUCGCGCGACAACAUCCCGAAGGACACGCUGUUCAUCAUUCCUGUCUACGCUUUCCAUCACGAUCCGGACCACUUUCCGGAUCCGGAGAAGUUCGACCCGGACCGAUUCGCCACCAGCGGCAGUGCGAAUGCGAGACAUCCCUACUGUUAUUUACCAUUCGGAGCCGGUCCCCGCCGCUGUUUGGGUGCAGACUUUUCUCUGCUGGUGGUAAAGAUUGGACUAGUGACAUUGUUGCGCAGUUUUCGGUUCGUUUGGCCCGGUGACGCACGGGAAAAGGUAAAAUUCAAGCCGAAUGCCCUGGUGCUGAGUCCAGUCGAGGGUAGUGUGCGGUUGAGGGUAGAAAGUAUUUGA